ACUGUUCACCCUGCCCCCACCUCUUCUUUCCUAUUCAGGUAUUGGGGGAAACCUCGUCUCAAUACAGUCCAGUCGUAUUUCUACCAAUUUGCAUUUGAAUUACUCAGCUGGAGAGGUUCCUGAAGACCGUAUGAGGUGCUACAGCCCUUGCCGCAUUUUCUUUGGUUCAGGAGCAAACCAUCGAUCUGCUCAGGUCCUGCUUCUUUUGGUCAUCCCUGGUCAGCUCGUCUUCCUAUACGCUAUUCACCUGAUUAAAGGAGGCAACACUUUGCCCAGUCCUCUCUUGACAGUCGCCUUCUUGUCUGCUUCCCUAAUUCAGGUCUUCAUCCUGCUGUGUACAGCUGACUAUAUGGUGCACUGUUUAUGGCGGAGGGGUAAAGACCCCGACAGUUACUCAAUACCCUACCUCACAGCCCUCGGAGACCUGCUAGGGACUGCACUCCUCUCUCUUGCCUUUUUCAUGCUGUGGAGUUUACAUGUGGAUGACAAACUUUGGAAAAAAAACUCAGAAAACACCACCAUGGACAUGGUCAUUUUAAAAUUAAAUGACACAGCCUCAGCUAUUUACCAAUAAAGGAAAAUGGGGAUUCCUUUGAGGACAGCAAUUGUUCACAUUAUCAACAGAGUGGAGACGGUCGGGGAAACCAUCCAAAAACAAAGAGAAAGCGGGUUGGGGGCUGUGCUACACUUAUCAGGUACUUACAAACUUGUUCUCACAUCCUUCUUGUCGGGGCUUCACCGUUCACACCUCUGUUUCUGUCCUCUGAAUAUUUGCUCUGUUUCCUUUUCACUUCUAUUGAAGCCUAUUGUGAGUGUACAAAUUACACGUUUGUUGCACAUGUUUGAAUACCUUUACUGCAUGCAUUAUCAUUUUUAAUUUCCACUAUGCCUCUGAGAGAAGUGGUCUUGUCUCGUGGGAAUGUUAUUGAAUGUCACUAAAAAAGGUCAAGCCAUGGCCGGUGGGAGAAUUAGCAGAGGGUUUGCUAAUUUUUAACAAUUGGAGAUGUUUGUGUGCUUUUGUUUUUCAAUACAGAUUAAACUCUCAAAAUGACUAUUCACUUGCAGGAGCAUAGAGCAGGUAAGAGCUUGAAGAGAAGGAGACACGAGAUAAGGUAUCAAAGAGGUGAAGAACUUCUUAUCGGGGUGCACAUCGCAAAUUAACCUUUGUCUUGUGUCCCAUGCUCUGAGUUACAAUAAAA